AUCCGACCUAAGCCCAUCUCUUUGUUACAUAUCUUUAUAUAUCUCUCUCUCUUUCCUCUCCCUCAAUUCUCUUCUCCUCUCUUCGGAAGUGAAGAUGGAUAUGUACAAAGAUGAUAGCUCACCAUACUGUUAUUUCCAUCCAAAGGAAGAGUAUGUUGGAGUUUGUCCUCUCUGUUUGAACGAGAGGCUUCUUGUUUUAGCUUCAAAACAGAGAUCAUCAAGAACCAAACACUCUUCCUCUUCACCAAUCAUCAGCCUCCCUAAGAUCUUCGCCUUGAGCUCUCUCCUCAGUCGCCUCGAUCUCCGUCACCGGAAAUUCCAUCCCUCCUCCGAUCUUGACGUCUCCACAAGCCAAGAAGAUUCUUUUAUAUCGAUAAAAUUCGAAAACGAUGGAAACGCGUCGUGGGAGAAGAAAGCAGUAGUGACAAAGGUUUGUGUAGACAACAAGAACAACACAACAAACUCAACAUGCAAGAAGCAGCAAUCUCCUAUAACGAGCAAUACCAGUAUCGUAGAGCACAAUAGUGCCAAGUCAUCGCUUAGGUGGCGCAAACGUAUUGGUCAUCUCUUCCACGUCAUCAAACUCAGAUCAGGAUCGUCCACGUCGUCUUGCCACGUGGCACCAUCCAAGGUCGAAGGAGCCAAAGUGAGGAAACAGGGUUGGAUGGUGAGGACCUUAACCAGAAGAAAAUCCAGGAAAAGUAAAAGUUGAAUUUUUCUUAUAAUUAAUUUGAUUACACUUUUAAGAAUAUUUUUCUACAUAUAUAUUUUUUUUUAGUUUAAUUUUUGGUUUGGUCGUUUUUUCAAUGAUUGAUGCUUCUGUUUGAAGAAGAAUUAUGUGGAAGUUUUUUUUGUAAGUAAUGACGAGAUAUGAAUUUAAAAUCGAUUGAACUAUCCAUAGAUUAAAUUAUUGAGUUGAUUAGAUUUUUGUAUGAAGAUGUAUUACAUAUAAUAAGCAAAUGUAAAGGGACAAGAGUCUUACCCUA